UUUGUCUGCGCAAAUACACCGUGUAUUACGGUCACGUAGCCGUUAAUGCCGCACGGACACGCCACUCGCCGUCACCACCACCACCACCACCACCACCGGCGUGCACCGACUGACUAAAAAAAGUCAAGAUGGCGACCGAGGGUCAGGCUGAGUACGAGUCGGUCCUCUGUGUCAAACCAGAAGUCAGCGUUUACCGAAUCCCACCCAGAGCAUCCAACCGGGCCAUCAGGGCUGCUGAUUGGAAGCUGGACUCUCCCGACUGGACGGGACGCAUGCGUGUGACGGCCCGGGGAAAAGCAGCCUACGUGAAAUUGGAAGACAAAAUAUCUGGGGAGCUGUUUGCCCAGGCACCAGUGGACGAGUACCCUGGCCUCACAGUGGAAACAGUCAGUGACUCAAGCCGUUACUUUGUGCUCCGCAUCCAGGACGACAACGGCCGCAGUGCGUUCAUAGGCAUCGGGUUUGGAGACCGAGGAGAUGCCUUUGACUUCAAUGUUGCACUUCAGGACCACUUCAAGUGGGUGAAACAGGAAGAUGAGUUUAAGAAGCAGGCGCAGACUCCAGACACCACCCCUAAACUGGACCUGGGCUUCAAAGAGGGACAGACUAUAACUCUCAAUAUAGGGCAAUCAAAAAAGAAGGACAGGUCUCGCCCGCAGAGUUCAGGUGGAUUUGGGCUUCUUCCACCUCCUCCUGGGGGCAAGUUAGCUCCACCUCCUUCAUCCAGAUCUACCAAUCAUAACACACAGCCAUCUGCAGGAGGAAGUGACACCGGUUGUUUGCUUGAUCUGGACGCCAGUAACUCAAACUCAGCGGCUCCGUCAGACUCCACCACCACAGCCAGCUCUGAUCUGUGGGGAGACUUCGACUCUGUGUCCUCAAAGUGAGAAUGGGGUACACUUUGUUUUCCUUCCUCUUAUAUCUCUCUGUAAAUGUAUGCAGCACUUUUUGCAUUUUUUCCCCGUUAUUGGGGUCCCGUUUCUCUCCCUGCCAAGCAGGUUAACCCCCUGUACUAGUUUGUUUAUUUAAGUUCAGACUCUCAUGGCUUUUGGUCUUAACCAGACACCAGACCUCACAGUCCAGUCUUAAUUUAGGACAUCACCCUCUCCAUCCCUCUUGGGUGUCCUAAUUCCUCUCCUUCUGUAUAUUAACUCUCUUGUUUCCAUUUUCCUGUUUGAAUUCUGCUUUUGCCCAUUUUCUCCUAAUCUUAAUGUUUUAUUUGCUGAUUUCUAUCGUAGAGUAUACAUAAUAGACAUACAAGCAACUGAGACAUAAUCUGAAACAUCUGAUGAUGAAAUCUAACUAAAUAUGAUAAUGAAUGAAUUUUCUGUACAGAGAAUAUUUAUUUUAAAUGUAUAUAUCAUCAGUAGUUUGUAAUUACUGUCAUUGGUGUUGUCACCUGUAAGUUCUGUUGCUUAUUUUAUCUCCCAAGUCCCCAGCAGUGGGACUGACUAUAUGCACUGACUGGCGGCCCACUCUGUCUAUGUAGUUAGUGAUAAAGUCUGCAUUUAAGCAGGGAUUGUUUAAAUAGACCUACACUGCUGAUCAAAAGUUUGGAAUCACCUAUUUUAAGAGGCACAAAGAGCGUGUAAUUUAGACACCAAAUGUAUUAAUGACAUUUGAAAUACUUUUGGCGCCAAAAGAGGAAUAAUUAUAUGAUUAAAACGUAUGUUUAGUCGGCGCGGUGCUUGCAUUUGGGCUCUAAAUAUAUGGGUAGCCGUAUUUCUUUGGGCCCUCUGCAGUCGACUCAGCUGAAGAGGUUUAAACCGUGAUUUGUCAGUCCAUAGUAUGCUCAGCUGAUAUUCCAAUAGUGCUAACCCUAAUUAACUGACCUUCUAUUUCUAUUGUGACGUUUUAAGAAGAGCUUUGCUGAAGCAACUAACCGUUUAUAUUCCAGCAUGUUAUAGGCUUUAUUGUGCACUGAAACAGGAACCUGUUCAUAUUUAAAUCUGCAGGCAUUUUAACACUAAGCUUCCAGUUUCAUUAGCCAAGGACUGAUCAUUUCUUCUACUCUUUUUCAACAGUUGCUCAGAUGGAUCUUUGUCUUUUUCUGCCCUAACAAUUGUUCAGCGUUUUGUUUUACAUGUACAAAACAUUACUUUUUUUUUUGCAAACC